AUGGCACCAGCUCUCAUCGCCCAGGACCCAGAAGAUCUAAUGCGCUUACUGGGAUCUGCAACGGAUUUUGCACUGACGAAUGGGUUGAUUGUGAAAUCAGAGUCGGGAGGCGCAAAAUGUGCUCCUUUUACUCUCCAUCCUUCAUGCAUACCACGGCUGGCGUAUGAUCGGACACGUGAAUUACAGCCACUUUUGCAAAAACUCACCGAUCUUGCUUCGAGGGAUCCACACUUCUUACUUGAUGCCCUGGAAGAUGUGGCCAAAGUAGACGAUUUCACAAGUCGUCUACUCCAAAUUCAUCGGCAUGUGCUUGAGCACGGCACUACACAGCCCAAGACAUUGGCGAUUCCAAGAUCUGACUACAUGAUUCAAGACGACGCCAAACCUGUUCAACUCGAGUACAAUACGAUUGCUGCAUCUGGAAGUAGCUUAUCAGCUCUUACGACCGCUCUCCACACGUAUCUCAUCAACAUAAUGACGAAGCCAUGUAAACCAAAGCUGCCUGUUAAUGAAAGUUUGGACGUUGUCGCAGAAGGAUUGGGUCAAGCGUGGAGACUUUAUGGUGUUGCAGAUGCUGUGGUAUUAAUGGUCGUUCAGCCUGAUGAGGAAAACGUAUUCGAUCAACGCUGGAUUGAAUAUACGCUGAUGCGAAAGUUUGACAAUCUAAGACUGCUCAGACGCUCUCUAUCUGAGAUUCAUGAGCGGGCGUCAUUGUCAACUGGCUCGAGGCUCAUCAUAGACAACCAAGAAAUUGCAGUGACAUACUUCAGAGCUGGUUAUGCCCCGUCAGACUAUCCUACAGAGAGCGAAUGGAAGGCCCGACUACUGAUAGAGGAGUCUCUCUCUCUCAAAUGUCCUAAUAUUGCUCACCACUUGAUGGGAACCAAGAAGGUUCAACAAGUAUUGGCCAUGCCACAAGUGAUAGAACGGUAUUUAAACCUUGAAGAAGCCAAUCUCGUCAGAUCUUGUUUUGUGGGAUUGUAUCCUCUGGAUGAAAGUGAAGAGGGUCUCGAUGCGAUACAGAAGGCCUUGAAACAUCCGGACCGGUUUGUCAUGAAGCCGAGUCGAGAAGGGGGCGGCAACAAUCUAUUUGGACCGGCAAUCAAAGCAGCGCUUGAGACCCUGUCUUUGGAAGAACGUGGCGCCUAUAUUUUAAUGGAUCUCGUCAAACCGAUUUCUCAAAGGAACGUCAUGGUUCGUGAUGGUGUCGCCAAGCUAUCGACUGUAGUUUCUGAGUUUGGAGUAUUUGGCAUAUGGCUUUCGGAGGAGGAAACAACACACAUUAAUGUUGCGAGGGGACAUUUACUACGUACCAAAUCCAUUGAGUCCCAAGAAGGUGGUGUGUUUGCGGGGUACGCCGUCUUCGAUUCGCCUUGUAUUGGCUAG